CCGCCGGCCCGGAGCGGGACGGACGUUUCCCGGGCCGGGCCGCGGCCCUAAGCCCCGCCCCGUGGAGGCCCAGCUUCGCUCUGCUCCGCCCCAGGUCCGCUCCCCGGUGUAGGCCCCGCCCCCGGUUCCGGCAGCCUCCCGCCGGCGCGGGCGUCCCGUCCCAGCCCCCCAGCUCGCUGAGAUGCCAUGGUGCCGAAGCCGCCGCCGCUGUCGCCGCCUCUUUGCACGCUGCCGCCGGGCCCGGGGCCCGCGCGCUUUGUGUGCUACUGCGAGGAGGAGGGAAUUGGGGCCAAGGCCCAAGGCGGCUUCAAUCUCUAUGUGACAGACGCCGCGGAACUUUGGAGCACCUGCUUCACGCCGGACAGCCUGGCGGCCCUCAAAGCCCGUUUUGGCCUGAGUGCAGCUGAGGACAUCACCCAUAGGUUCAGGGCAGCCUGUAAGCAGCAAGCCGUGACUUUCACCCUGCGUGAAGACGGAGCAUCCUUGACCCUGUCAGGGGGGCCCUUGGCACUGGACUUGAAUCUCUCCAAGGUGCCAGGCCCAGAGGCAGCCUCCAGGCUGCAGGCACUGACACUGGGCCUGGCAGAGCGCGUAUGCAGCUUGGAGCGGUGGCUGACAGCUGCAGAGGGGACAGCUGCCAGCCCCAGGAAGAACCCUCGGCUGGUGGAGCCUCAGCAGUUCUUACCAGACCCAGAUCCUCAGAGAGGCGGCCCUGGACCUGGGGUCAGAAGGCGGUGUCCGGGAGAGUCCCUCAUCAACCCUGGCUUCAAGAGUAAGAAACCAGCCAGUGGUGUAGAUUUUGAUGACCUCUGACCGUGCAGCAAAAGGUGAUCUUGCUCGGAGUUGGCCUGUGAGUGGAGGGGCAGCCCCUGAGACCCCAGAACAUCCUGCUGCCCCGUGGAAACACACCUUGAGCCCCUUCCCCAUUAAAUAAAUGGCUUCCUCAGGCAGA